CCAAAAUGCGACGUUCCGUCAUAGUACUGUGUUUCUUCCUGAUCGCGGCUCAGAGAUCUUCCGCAGAGAUAUGCGAACCCAUCGACUCGGCUGACUUAAACAUUUUAGCCAACGUGUGGGCAACGGGCGCGGAAAGCCUUCCGGUACCAACUUUGGAAAUGAAUGAUUCCUCGGCGGGUGAUUUUCAGACUAUUUUCGCUGAAGCAGUCUCGGCCUAUGGCCGGUCUUUAAUGGCUAAUAUUCACCAACAGGCGAUAAUCAAGGGUGAGGUUUUAAUAGACGAUAUUAUUGAGCUUGCUAAUGAAUUGCAAUGGUCAAUUGAAAUGUGCGCACCAAUCAAGGGAGUCUGUCACGCAGCACAAGCCUUAGAUCGGAUUUUCAAGCAGUUCAAAGUAUUAUUGGCAUUGUCACCCGGACCUGGAAGACCUGCGCAACCGCCGCUGCCGCCUAUACCCGUUCUGAACGUGAAGUUGCAUCCUGUAGAGAGUGCGCUAUCGCUCGAUAGCCUGUUCGUCAACUACAACGCCACGUUGAACAACAUUACCAGCAACAUCCUCGCAUACACAGGUGCGAUAUAUUUGGCAGGGUGGAAUAUUGCAUUGUCCAAUUACGAUAUCUAUGGAUUGCAAGCUCGCAACGAGAUCCUGAAUGACAAGGUAUUAGACGUUUAUAGACACGUCGCGUCGCAAAUUAAUUAUCAAUGCGGUUUCAUUGAGGAGAACGUCAACCCGGACUUAUGGAAUGCUUACAGAGAAGCUGCUGAUCGCAUAGAGACGGCAUGGAACGCUUAUCAGCUGUACAAAAGUCAAGUGGCAUGCAUAGCAACCUUUUAA